AUGAGGGAGGGAAAAGUGAAAAACAUAUCUAAUCCUCUGAGGAGAUUAUCAACUGCCACAGGAAUAUCAGAAAGAAAUCUUAAGACAUGGAUUUUGCCGGAUGCAGUAGACGAGGUGGUUGAGGAUCUGCAAGUUCCUCCUGUAGACAAGAAGAUCCACUCCAAUAAGGGGCUCGAUGACUUCGAUGAGGACCUGGUAAAAAGGACCAUCCAUGAGAUGCAGCUGAGGGGCGAGUAUGUUUCUCUCCGUCGACUGUCAGGUGUGUUGGUAGAAAGGGGAAUCAGGAUCACCAAGUCAUCUCUGGCAAGACUCGUGAAGAAACUUGGAUUCAGAUUCUACAAAUCUGGUUCAGAUCGGAGGUUUAUUGGUGAGCGUAAUGACAUCGUCAGUAUGCGCCAUACUUACCUGAGGUCCAUCCGAAACUUUAGAGAGGCGGGUCGUCCUAUUGUGUACUUGGAUGAGACUUGGCUGAACACCAAUCAUGUAGCGAGGGGAGAUUGGGUGGACUGUCCUAGGACUUCUACCUCUGCCUUUGAGUCACACCGUGAAGGUCAUGGGCGCUUCGUCCCACCUGGGAAGGGGUCUCGUCUGAUAAUCGUGGAUGCUGGUUCUUCGGCUGUAGGCAUGAUCCCGGGAUCAAGCCUAGUUUUUGAGUCGAAAACUGGCACUCAGGAUUAUCAUGAUGAGAUGAACUCAGGAAACUUCACGAGGUGGUUCACUGAGCAGUUGCUCCCUAAUCUACCAGGUAAUUCAGUCAUCGUGAUGGAUAAUGCUUCCUAUCACAGUCAUCUGGAUCCUGAGUCUAAGUGUCCGACAUCGUCGGCGCGAAAGGCCGAGAUCCAGUCUUGGCUUGAUAGAAAGGGUAUCCAUUACACCCCGGCAAUGAUCAAGGCUGAAUUACUCACAUUGGUGAAGCAGCAUAAGCCUCGUCCGAAGUAUGUGAUUGACGAUUUGGCUUCACAGGCAGGUCACACAGUUUUGCGUCUACCUCCUUAUCACUGUGAGCUAAAUCCCAUCGAGCUGGUCUGGGCUGAAUUGAAAAGCUUCGUCGCCAGGAGCAACGCCACGUUUAAGAAAGACAAAGUGAUGGAGCUAUUCAAUCAAGCAAGAUCAGCUUAUGAUGUGGAGAAGUGGAGGAGGGUUGAGAGCCACGUGAUAAAUGAGGUAGAGACAAAACUGUGGAAACUUGACGGAGUUCAGGAUGACGAGGUCGCUCCGGUGAUCAUUGACUUGACGGACUCCGAGGACAGUGACAGUGACUUAGACUCAGAUUUUGGUGAUGACGAAAGUGACGCUGACUCUGACGUUUCCAUGAACUCCGCCGAGGAAUCUGAUGAUGAAGUCACUUGUUGCAUAUGUGGUGACUAUAAUGCUCCUGGACGGUCACGAAAGAUUGCGUGGGUGGAGUGUGAGUUGUGUAAGAGGUGGAGUCACCGCAUAUGCACCAAGCCCUCUCUAAAGUCAG